GUGCUACCUGUCAGGAGGAUGUGAAUGAGUGUGAGAGGAUGCCCUGCUUGCCUGGAGUCCAGUGCUUCAACAGCUUCGGCUCCUACAGGUGUGGGAGGCUGCCCCCACGGCAUGUUGAGAGAUGGGACCACCUGCACAGCAUUGGACCCACCACUGUCCCUACCACCACUACCACCACUACCACUAAGACCUCACUCAUCAACAGACCAGACCAACACAAUCCACCCAGGAUGGACACUGGCAGACCUGGAAUCCCACCGACCAACAAGCCUGGACUCCCACAAACCAACAUGCCUGGACUUCGAGAGACCAACAGGGCACGUGCCAAGGCCCCAGCUGUACAUACACCGUCUAAGAAUGGACAAAAACUGGCAAGCCUAGGGCUAUCAUCCCAUGCAGGGAACAACAGCAAUGUGACCGGUACGUGUGCCAGCCGACCAUGCUUCCUGGGGGUCCAGUGCAUCGACCGACGUCUGCCCUACACGGGCUAUGUCUGUGGGCGCUGCCCACCGCCCCUCCAUGGCAACGGACGCACCUGCACCAAAACCGCUCGUGGUAACCCUCACCUGACCCAGCAGCAGCUGACACUAGCCAAGAGCAGCAAACCCUACCACCAUGGCAACAGUAAAGUGUCCCAACUCCACCUUCCCACCCUGCCCCCCAGGCACGCAGUCAAACGUCUCUCCCCCUUCUCCUCGCCAGUCUCCAGGGGAGCCUAUCAGAGCCCCCCACACCCUCCCCUCUCACCCGCCCGAGGGCCAAUCACUGGGUGGAGGGAGGUGGCCACGCCCCUAUUUCCUAGACACACCCCUAUGUCACCUGAGAGUUCCCACAGCCUCACCACGGGCAGUCAUCAUGCCAUCAGUCCCCUCACUAGGACUCGUGCCAAAACCGGUGCCAAUGCCAGCGCUACCUCACUCAAGGUGACAACCAGAGAGUCUGUAGGUGUCGUGCGGAGUGCCACCUCUUCCAAGGUUACUCCUCCACACUCCACCUACCCCAAGGUUACUCCACCCCAAUCCAAGCUGACUCCACCCCAUUCCUCAGCCAAGACAGCCCAGGGGAAGCUCAUUGAUGUGGUAGUGGUGCCCACCCUGACCAAGCCCUGGACCCUCCCUAAAGCUGUGGCCCCGCUGACCGCAGCCCUCUCCUCCUUUACCUACUCCCUCUCUGAGUCCGAGUUCUCCGCCGAUGGAGCACUGACGGGGCCUGGCUCGGACCCCUCUGACCCACCUGACCACCCACAGGACACCCUGCCCUCUCUCACCCUCACCACCCCUGCCCGGAGGUACCACCACACAUCCCCCCUUACUCCCCCCCUCCACAGGGCCACGUCUCCCCACCUCCACCGUGGGACCAGGAUCAGUAAUACUGUGGCAGUGGAGCGGGAGCGGCCUCUGACCUGCGCUGAUAUGCCCUGUUUCCCAGGGGUCCCCUGUGAACCCAACAGGGACGGGGGAUUCCACUGUGGAGGGUGUCCCCUGGGAUACACCGGAGACGGACGAACAUGCAGAGCUGUGUGCAGGCAUGCGUGUGGCAAGAACAUGGAGUGUGCCGCUCCCAACACAUGCCGCUGUAAACCAGGCUACGCCGGAACCAACUGUCAAACAGCGAUCUGUAAACCAGAGUGUAGGAACGGAGGCCAGUGCGUCGCCCCGGGGGUGUGUGAGUGCCUGAAAGGCAACCACGGGGAGAUGUGUGAGACAGCUCUGUGCAGUCUGCCCUGUGAGCACGGAGGAACAUGCGUGGGACCCAGCACCUGCUCCUGUCCCUACGGCUUCGUGGGCCCCAGAUGUGAGACCAUGGUGUGUAACCGUCACUGUCACAAUGGAGGAGAGUGUGUGUCUCCUGAUGAGUGUGCCUGUCUGCCUGGCUGGACCGGACCCUCCUGUGAGACAGCUGUGUGCUCCCCUAUGUGUCUGAACGGAGGAACUUGUCUUCGUCCGAACACCUGUGGCUGUCCCCAGGGCUUCUACGGCGCCCAGUGUCAAAACGCUGUCUGUAGCCCUCCCUGUAAGAACGGGGGCGUGUGCAUGAGAAACAGCGUCUGCUCCUGCGCCGAGGGAUACACCGGAUGGCGCUGUGAAAAAAGUGUAUGUGAGCCCAUGUGUAUGAACGGAGGGAGGUGCGUGGGUCCAGAUGUGUGUGACUGUCCAUCUGGAUGGAGAGGAAAGCGGUGCGAUAAACCCACUUGUCUACAGAAGUGUCUGAAUGGAGGAGAGUGUAUUGGCCAUAACACCUGCCACUGUCUUCCAGGCUGGCAGGGCAUGCUGUGCCAAGUCCCACUCUGUGAACAGAAGUGUCUUUACGGGAGCCGUUGUAUUCGCCCUAAUGUCUGUGCCUGCAGGAAAGGAUAUUCAGGGGUUCUGUGUUCCCAUAAGCUCCCAAUUCCACGAGGCUGAUGGGGGACUGUGAACUAUGCACUGAAGACGCUGGGCUGAAACAAGACAAUGAAACUCCUAAUGGAACCACCACACUGACUAUUAGGAUGCUCAAUGCCCAUGGCUUUCGUUUCUUCAAAAUAAUUUGUAAUAUACAGCACAAUUCCAAAGAUUAUGAUCUGUACAUGACCAAUAUAUGUAUAAUAUUUGUAUAAUUGUUUUUCUUAGAACCAAUAAUACUGUAUUUUAUCUAUUAAAGUCUGUCUUUUUUUAUAAGAUUAAAACAAAGCACAAAACAGUCCUGUAUUCUGUGGAACAAACUCAUGAAGUUGGCAGUUUAUGAUCAAACUAAAAACUAACCUGGAAUUUGUAUUUAUUUGGUUGUGUGAUGUUUUAUAAUUUUAUACUGUUGUAUAUAUCAUCAAAUAUGUUUUGUAUUACUCACAAAUAAAACCCAGGCAAUGUAUGAUAUUAAA